AUGGGAAUAUUUUGCAGUUGUUCUGAACUUCAAGAAAAUGAAAAUAAUUUAAAUGCAUUUUGCAAGUUUUGCCGAACUCAAUUUCGAGGGUUAGAUUUGCAAGGACUCAAAUGUAAUCGAUGCAAAUCUUGUAAAAACAAAAACCAUCAGCUUGGUAAAAAUAACUGCACUAAUGAUUCGGUAGUUAGUGAUGACACCAAUGGAGACGGUCAAACAUCUUUAAAUACAUUUUGCUCUGAUAAUGCUUUGGAGGAUACAAAUAGUUUUUCUGAUCCUAAUGAUGUUAUUGAUCAACCAGCUGAUUCUGUACCCAUUGAAAAUCCAGAAGGUAUAAGUGAUGCAGAAGCUGGAGUCUUAUGUGAAUAUCCUAUUUAUGACUUUGAACUAAUGAAGAUUAUUGGUUGUGGUACUUAUGCCACGGUGUUAAUGGUUAAACAUAAAAGAAGCCAAUGCACUUAUGCUAUGAAAGUUAUAGAAAAAGAAUGUGCCGCUAAGUAUACAGAAAUUAACUCGAUUCAUAACGAAAAAAAAUGUUUUUAUACUGUUGCUGACUGCCCAUUUUUUGUGCUCUCUAUGUUGCUUCCAAACACCAGCCGAUUUAUUCUUUGUGAUGGAAUUUGUUCGUGGAGGUGA